AUGCAUGAAUCGCAGGCUGAGUUCACAACAGAAGCGCACUACCACUCCAUCUCUGCGGAGCAGUCUGAAAUGCUAGAAGGCGAAUUCUAUGUGUGGCGAGUUCGCAGUCCAGGCCUUCUCAACAGCUACGAAGUCAAGGAAGCCAGUGAAGCCAAUGAAGCCGUCAGCAGACAGAAGUCCCGGAGGGGCCGUGCCCACAGUGCGCAUGAAGUGCUGGCCUGGCAUGGAGCUCCUUUCGAUGUGGACCAAGACAGCUUGCUCGAAGGCGACUUGAGACCCACUGGAAGUAUGCUGGAUGGACGGUCACCAUGGCGGCUGUCAGCCAGGCCGCUCCAGACCUUCGGCAAGGGGGCUGACUGGACGCUGUUCUACUUGUGCCUAGUCCGCGUUGCGCCAUCGGAGAUGACCCGGCUGGCGACAGUUGAAGAAUCCGGCCGCGUGCUUCCGCUGUAUUGCCUGAUUCAUCCAUCGCUAUGGGUGUGCGGUCCUGGCGGUGAGUGGCCUUAG